AACCCAAAUUUAGGGGUAGACGUGAAAAUAUUUGUUAUUUUAUCCUGUUUGUUUUAGGAGUGUCUGAGAAUGGUUUUGAAUCAUGGGCCUAAAAGGUGUUGUUAUGCCUGUUAAAAGGUAGGCUAUUGAAUUUAUUCAGCUUUCUGGUAUACAAGUGUCAUAUUUCCAUGUUUCGUUUCUUUUUCCAAUCAAUAGCAUCCAGAGUUCCUUGCGCCGUUUGCGGGAAGUUCAAAUUUCUAAACAACCAAUCAGAUCAUCGGACUUUCGGUUGCAAUCUGCAACGUAUUGAUGGAAGAGUAGAUCGAACACAAAAUAACGUGUUAUUUACCGAUCGCCUCUGUUUUUUUUGCUUCAGCUUUAUUAUUGGUUUUUGCUAGUGACAGUCUGAUUUCUACAGUUUGUUUUGAUAUUAAAUAUUUUUAUAACCGCUGGUUCCAGUUCAAGAAGGACUAAAAAUGGAUCCUACAGAAGUCCAAGUGCGUUCUCCAUUAUCAACUCAAGAUCAAAAUAUAAUGGCUAACAAACAAAUUGGCAAACCUCAAUUUGUCAGCAAACUGAGGCCUCCAUCAGCUGUUAAGAGGCCUCGUGAACAAGCUUUCACUAAAGGAGUACCACCAAACUGUGAACCUGCAUCCAAAAUGAAGAAAUCGUCAUCACAAACCUCUUUAAAGUCUGCACCACAGGACAAAACAGUAACAACAAAAUCUACAGUUUCGUCAACUUUAAGGAGGCAAACCUCAGCCAGCACUGUAAGACGAGGUACUUCCACUCAGGCACGACCAGCCGCUGCGAAUCUUUCUGCUGUUACCAAAAGACAAACAAUAGCAACAGCAGCUGCAAAUGUAAAUAAAAAUGCCAGUUCAAAGGGUUCUGCCACAGAUUCAUUGAUGGGAGCAAAAGGAAAGAAAAGGCCUGCAUGGGACUAUAAAGGAAGACUGGAGGAUAUGGAAGGGUUGAUGGCAAAAUCCAAGUCCUUCAUGGAAAACAUGACAAAGACUAUUGGAGAUAAUCAGGAUAGGAUAGGUUUUCUGGAAUCUUUAAACAAACAACUGGAGGGUACUGUGCAAGUUAAACAUCAACAAACUGAAGAGGCCUCAGCCAAAAUACAGGAUCUUCAGAUAAAACUAACAAGCGCUGAGGAGGAGGUAAGGUCUCUUCAGUUGAAGCACGAGUUUGAGAUAGAAGUGGAGAAAAAUGCCAAAAAAUGCCUACAGCGGGAGAAAGACGGUUUAGAAAACGAUCUUCACAUUUCCAAGCAAGAGAUCAUAGCCUUAAAGUCGACUGUAGCUAAAAUGACAGCAGAUUCACUCGGAAUAAGCACGGAACUACAGGCUACCAAGGUUAAUCUCGAAAAAACGAUCGCCGAGAGCCAACAGAAAAGCGACAUCAUCGCAAAACUCGAAGACACCAUAAGAGGACUUCAAGACAACAUGGCGGCUCUAGAAUCUAAACUGCGCUCUGAGGAAACCAUAAGGCGCGAACUUCACAACACCAUCCAAGAGCUGAAGGGUAACAUACGGGUAUUCUGUCGGGUACGGCCCAUGCUGGCAUCAGAAGAGAGUCAGCGAUCGUGUGCGUUUUCUUUUGGGCAAGACGAGAGAGAACUGGUGGUGGAAUCCACGUCACUGAAUGAGACUAUUUGCGGGAAUAAGAAAGCCGCACCCAAACAUGAAUUCAUGUUCGACAAAGUGUUUACGCCUUCUUCAAGCCAAGGAGAUGUCUUUGGUGAAAUCUCGCAGUUGAUUCAGUCAGCCCUGGACGGUUACAAUGUGUGUAUAUUUGCUUAUGGACAAACGGGCUCAGGAAAAACUUUCACCAUGGAGGGAAACCACGGAGAUCAUGAGGCAAAGGGAAUGAUCCCACGGGCCUUGGAACAAGUGUUUCGGACAUCCCAAGACCUCAGAGAAAAAGGUUGGCAGUACACGAUUGAAGCCAGCUUCCUGGAAAUUUACAACGAGACUAUCAGGGAUCUGCUGGGAUCUGGUGAUUCUAACACCAAGCAUGAGAUCAAAAUAGUGAAUCCCAGUAACACCGGAGGGGCUUGUGAGGUUACUGUCACGAACGUUAAGACUGUGACUGUCACGUCAGAAACACAGGUAUACAGUCUUCUGGAAAAAGCGACUCAGAACAGAGCCGUAGCCGCCACUCAGUGUAAUGAGCGAUCAUCCCGAAGUCAUAGCGUCUUUCGACUGAAACUUGUCGGCGAAAAUCAACUCACCGGUGAAAAAUGCCAAGGGACUCUGAAUCUUAUUGACUUGGCAGGAUCUGAGCGGUUGAGUCAGUCUUGCUCGACUGGAGAACGUCUCCGUGAAACGAAGAACAUCAACAAAAGUUUAAGCAACUUGGGAAAUGUAAUCAUGGCUCUCGCCAAUAAAGAGCAACAUAUUCCGUACAGGAACUCCAAACUGACCUUCCUACUACAAAACUCCCUGGGUGGAAACAGCAAAAGUUUGAUGUUUGUAAACAUUUCACCCAAGGAGGAAUCACUGCAAGAAACUCUUUGCUCUCUUCGCUUUGCUACCAAGGUGAACCAAUGUAAUAUCGGAACUGCACAGAAGAAGGUUCUCAAGUAACUCACAGACCCUGGGGGAAGAAAACCAUCCUCAAGUAAUCCUAUCAUGUUUUUUUUUUUAACUGUGCAAUCAUUUUAAAUACUGCAGAUAAGAGAUUUGUAGGAAUUUCUAACACGGUGUAAAUAUCGCGUUUUAGUUUUCAAGCAGAUAAAGAUUUCCUUUUUAUAAUUGUAAAUUCAUUAAUGAAAGUCCUAGUUUAAACUUGAUUGGGAGGCAGUGUUUCACAGUAACCUCCUCCUGUGACCAUCGAUGCUAUUAUUAAGUCUCUUAGACAUCGGAAUAUGGCUUCAUAUGCAAGUAAUUUUACCCUGAUUUUGAAUGCCAUGAAGUGGUAUGAGCAGCAACGCGAAGUUUGCCUCUGGAGAAGGAUAUAAGCUAAAGAUGUAUAAACUAAACAAUAUAAAUGGUGUCAAAAUGGUUGAAGUAGUUUUUGGUCUAUCGAGUUCAUCGCUUAAAGCUGUUAGGCGAAAUCUUACGACUUCUCCUUGCCCUAGAGGACUGGUGUUAUAAUUUGCUUGCGUUUUUUCUGGGAAGCGGAGGCAAACGCGAAUCAAUAGCGAAGAAUGACCUACCCUUUGUGCAGACCUUGCUCUCGCUUCGCGUUUUCAUCCACUUGCCUUGAUAUCGUUCCCAGGGCUUUUCCCAAUUUUCGAGGGAAUAGCCCCAGAAACAAGGUUGCUGCUUUCAUGGGAAAAACGCUAAAGAAAAGUGACGCCUAUUCUCUUGGCUACGAAUCCGAAGGGGAGGGGAGAUUUUUUUUCAUCCUUUUCGGUUACUUUGAUCACUCAUCUGCAAACUUACCCUCAUCUGUAAGUCCUAAGACUUCCAGACUCCUCUGCCAUACCAAAACCUUUGGUCAGUAAAAACACUGCUUAGAUAGAGGAGCUACUUUAGGUUUAGCAUCUGGAGACAUUAUCAAGUUGACCAUUAAAAUCGUCAUAACUUUUCUACAUUCUUA